UGACGCGUAAGAGUAGCUGGACUGCCUGAGAGUUUUGCAGCGCGUGUAUCGUCACGGAGAGUAACUGAGGCGAGAUGGCAGAGGUGAAAGUGAAGCAAGAGAGCGGAGACGCAGCGGAGAUAGAGGCUAGGAUUAUAGAGCUGUGCCAACAGUUUCCUCAUGGAAUCACAGAUCAAGUUAUUCAGAAUGAGAUGCCUCAUAUUGAAGCCAAACAGAGGGCAAUGGUUAUCAACAGACUUCUAUCGGUGGGCCAACUGGACCUUCUCAGAAGUGGCACAGGUCUUUUGUACAGAAUUAAGGAUGCACAGAGCGCCAGUAAAAUAAAAGGUUCAGACAACCAAGAGAAACUAGUUUAUCAGAUUAUAGAAGAUGCUGGCAAUAAAGGUAUUUGGAGCCGAGACAUAAGAUACAAAAGCAAUCUUCCUUUGACCGAGAUCAACAAAAUUCUGAAGAACAUGGAGAGCAAAAAACUCAUUAAAGCAGUCAAGUCAGUAGCGGCCUCAAAAAAGAAAGUUUACAUGCUGUACAACGUACAACCUGAUCGCUCGGUGACAGGAGGAGCUUGGUACAGCGACCAGGAUUUUGAGUCUGAAUUUGUGGAAGUCUUAAACCAGCAAUGUUUUAAAUUCCUGCAAAGCAAGGCAGAAGCAGCCAGAGACAGCAAACAGAAUCCAAUGAUCCAAAGAAACAGUUCAUUUGCCUCAUCCCACGAAGUUUGGAAAUUCAUCUGUGAGCUGGGCAUUAGCAAGGUUGAAUUAUCAAUGGACGAUAUUGAAACCAUUCUAAACACAUUAAUUUAUGACGGGAAAGUAGAAAUGACCAUAAUCGCUGCAAAGGAGGGGACGGUUGGCAGCGUGGAUGGACAGAUGAAGCUCUAUAGGGGAGUAAAUCCCAUUUUGCAGCCGGCAGGCUUGGUGCGUACACCUUGCGGCUUGUGCCCGGUCUUUGACGACUGUCACGAAGGAGGUGAUAUCUCUCCGUCCAACUGUAUAUACAUGACAGAGUGGAUGGACUUUUAAUACACCCUUACUGAUUCUCUAGAGCGGAGGCGUUUAACUUUGGUUUUAGGACAUCCUCAUGUGAUCACAGGAAGACUAGGAAACAACUUGAUCCGCCUGCGAGGGGAAGACGGAAAACCUGCACUGUUUUGGCUCGGAAGAUUGCCACGGAACAUCUUAUUUCUAAGUGACUGGAAUCUAGGCAGGUGUCAAGAGACAUAACCAGAAGACAUGUAUAACCUCAAUAGACCUGCAUUGACCACCACGGAAUGACUCACUGUGAAGAUCACGCUAAAAAUAUUUAUUUUAGUUAUUUCAGCGUUUUACUCUUUGAAUCCAACCUCUUUAGGGUUUUUUU